AUGGACAAGGACGUUAAAGAGUUUAUAAAGGAAUUAGUAGGACAAGCGGAUGGUCCAUGGAGAUCGGUAGGAAUAGAUUUUCUGGGACCAUUACCAACAGGGAAUUACAUUCUCGUCGUUGUCGAUUAUUAUAGUAGGUUCUCUGAAAUAGACAUCAUGAGAAGUACUACAGCUGAUAGAACUGUACGUUCGCUAGAAGUUAUGUUUGCGCGAUAUGUCUUACCGCAAGUAAUCGUCAGUGACAAUUGCCCACAAUUCAUAUCAGAAGAGUUUAGAGACUUCAUGGAGGUCAAUGGACUUAAGCAUCAGAAGGUGACACCGAAAUGGGCACAAGCAAAUGGCGAGGUUGAACGUCAGAAUAAAUCAAUCUUGAAGCGACUUAAGAUAGCGCAUACUAUGAAGAAAGAUGGGAAACGAGAGCUUACACGAUAUUUAGCUGUGUAUAGAACGACUCCUCAUCCUUCGACAGGCAAGACACCUGCUGAAUUGCUAAUGAGUAGGGCCUUAAGGACCAAAUUUAAAAAGCGAUGUUAG